AUGAAAUCCUUUAGAGGGGUGCGAAGAAGAGAUGCUGGCAGCAAGUUGAAAGACCAUGAGUUGUGUAAUGGACCUUCGAAACUCUGUCAAGCUCUUGAUAUUGAAAAAGCUAAUCUCAACAAAGAAGACAUGACAACUUCUAAUAGAUUUUGGAUAGAAGAUGACAAGGAAUUUUGCAGUAGAGACAUGACUAUAGUGAACUCAGCAAGAAUAGGCAUAGAUUCCUAUGGACCUGAGUGGGCACUUAAACCACUGAGGUUUUAUAGCUUGGGAAACAAGUGUGUGAGUGUUAGAGACAAAAAGUCAGAGGCUGAGCUUUCGCAUUCGGCCUAG